CGCCAAUGGCGAAGCGUAGGGGCAUGCUUCUUCCAGUACCUGCGUUAGUUAAUCGAUGUAGGCUGUAAACGAUGCAACACUGACGAGCCUCUGCCGUGUUGGCCUGGAUGAUGGCUUCAUGCUGACAACGGGGGGCCGAGUUCUCAUGCAGGUACCGCGGCGGCGUCAAAACUAGUAUAGGGUCAUCUCCCAUGUCUCUUAUACUGUCACUCGCGCUGCCUUCCAGUCCAUCUCCAGUCUCUCUAUCAUAAUAGCAGGUGUUUGCUUGCGUCCUUUCGUUGAGUUUUACUCAUCACGAUCUUUACAGGCCUUUGGCUGUCCUAUCAUUGAUUCGCGCUUCGUUUAAAUUCCGUUAAUUCAGUAAUCAUGUCUCCCUCGAACUUCUCUCGCGCUGCCUUCGCAGCAGCGAUUCUUGCCUCAGGCGCUUCUGCUGCCUACAAUCCCGCAUCUACCCAGAAUGUUGCAAUGUACUGGGGCCAGGGAAAUGCUCAGAUUCCCCUUUCCGACGUUUGCAGCGACCCUAGCGUCGACAUUGUCAAUAUUGCAUUCGUCAAUGGCUUCCCCCAGAAAGUUGGAGAUUACCCAAAGACUAACUUCGCCAACGCUUGCUGGGGCUACUACCCAGACCCCAACGACAAGACCAAAGACAGCGGUCUGUUGAAGAACUGUGCAGGUGUUGGAGAUGCUAUCAAGACUUGCCAGAACGCCGGCAAGAAGGUUCUCCUCUCCAUCGGAGGCGGAUACCCUACCGACUACUACCUACCAUCCCAAGAGGUCGCGGAGUACUUUGCUGAAUUCCUCCUCAACGUCUUUGGGCCUGCCCCCGCGGGAUGGACUGGACCUCGUCCCUUUGGUGACGCAGCUGUUGACGGUUUCGACCUCGACCUCGAGGCCAACGCAGCCCAACUCCCGUCUAGCGAGUAUCUGUACAAGAACUACGACCACUUCGUGACGCGCGUCAAGUCAUUGCGACCAAGCAGUCUUAUCUCAGGAGCACCGCAAUGUAUAGUUCCCGACGCCCGUCUCGCUGAUGCCAUCAGCAAGGUGCCAUUUGACUUCAUCUUCACGCAGUUCUACAACACUGAUGCCUGCUCUGCCGCGCGCGGAUACAAGGAGAUCAACAAGGCUACCACCGGGUUCACUUUCGAUGCUUGGGUGAAGUGGCUGUUGGCCAACUCUAAUAACAAGAACGUCAAGCUCUAUCUCGGAUUGGCAGCUGGCCCUGACGGGCUUCCCGUCCAUAAGGAAGACUACCUCAAGCCCGAGCAGGCCAAUGCUUUGAUCGCCAAGUACCAGAAGAAGUGGCCCGCCAUCUUCGGCGGUGUCAUGCUGUGGGAGGCAACCGUUUCCGCCAGGAACACCGCUUACUCCCAGUCGUACGGAUACUGGGUCAAGGCUACUCUUGAUGGCAGCUUUACCAGCAAGUACAAGCCGGUCGUUUCUUCGAGCAGCCGUGCUUCUUCCAGCACCCGUGUAUCGUCCACACCUAUCUCUUCCAGCAAUCGCGUGUCCAGCACUCCCAUCUCCUCCAGCGCCCGUGUGUCUUCCAGCAGCAUCCGCUCCUCGUCUGUCUACGUUACGAGCAGCAGCAUCCGUUCUUCGUCCAGCCCGGCCUCGAGCACCGUUGUCUCCUCCUCUGUCUACGUCCCCUCGAGCGCGAGGUCUUCGUCUGCUUCCCCAGCCUCCAGCAAGGCCUCCAGCAGCAUCUACGUACCCGUCUCCUCGAGCACUUCGGUUCACGUUUCUUCGUCUGCUUCCCCAGUGUCCAGCCAAGCUUCAAGCAGCAGCUACAUUCAGGUCUCUUCAAGCUCGUCGGUCUACCAGGUGUCUAGCUCAGCCUCAAGCAGCAGCGAAAUCCAUGUCUCCUCCAGCACAUCGGUCUACGUUUCUUCGUCUGCUUCCUCGGCUUCUACCCCAGCUCCAGCUUCCUCCAGCGCGUCCUCUAUUGGUGUUUCCUCGUCGGCGUCUUCCGUUGGUCCUAGCUCUUCCCACGUUGAGAGCAGCUCAGUGACUGUUCCUCACGCAAGCGAGAGCUCCAGCUCCGUUUACUCCACGAACAGCCCCAGCAUUGUCUACCCCGUCGGCACCACCAAGAUCGUAUCCCCCAGCGCGAGCUCCACUCCCGUCUACCCGGAUGCUAGCUCCAUCAUUCCUUACCCAGUCUACAAUGCUUCAAGCACUCACGGUACCGGGUACCCAGAGUCUACACCCAAGGCUGCCUCUUCCACGCCCUGCAGCACUUCUAGCAAGGUCUACCCCGCUGAGAGCUCAUCCUCCAAGUACCCAGAGGCCGCUUCCAGCAAGGCAUACCCCGUUGAGAGCUCUUUUGUGUACCCAGUGUACCCUGCCUCGACGACCAAGGGCGGUGAUUAUCCUGCGUAUCCUACUUCAAGCUCCAAGGGUGGUAACUAUCCCGUCUACCCUGCCUCAAGCUCUAAUGGCGGUGACUACCCCGUCUACCCUGCUUCCAGCUCGAAGGGUGGUGACUACCCCGUCUACCCCGUCGCGAGCUCCAAGAGCCAGGACAGCUAUCCUUCGGUCACGAAGAAGCCUGAAGAAUACCCAAGCUACCCCACCGGUGCUACUACUGUCACGACUAUCACGACUGCCUACGUUGACAUUUGCUCCACUGGCCUGACGACCAUCACCACCACCAUCAUCAAGACCGUGUGCGGUUCGUGCGCCAAGCCCACCAAGAAGCCCGAAUACCCCGAGGGCUGGACGACCAGCGUCUACGUCGACAAGACUGUCACUCUGACCAUCACCAAGCCCGUCCACGCAAGCACCAACGUCCCCGUAUACCCUGCGGCCCCCAAGCCCUCCAGCCCGUCCUACCCAGGCUCCGAUAAGCCCGUCUACCCGGCCGAGUACCCCAAGAAGCCAGAGGGCAAGAAGCCAGAAUACCCCGUUGAGCAUGCCACCAGCACUCUUCUCCAGUACGUCACCUUGACCAAGGUGGCUGUGCCCUACACUGCUGUGCCUUAUGCGUCCUCUGCUAUUUACACACCGGUUCCUCAGGCAUCUUCUGCGGUUUAUACGCCUGUUCCCCAGGUGUCUUCCGCAGUUUACACGCCUGUUCCCCAGGUGUCAUCCGCGGUUUACACACCUGUUCCCCAGGUAUCUUCUGCGGUUUACACUCCUGCCCCUUACGUUCCUGUCUACGGCUCCAAGAACGGCACGAGCGCAUAUGUCCCCAAGCCUACUGGCACAGGCAAGCCUACCAUGCCCAGCUCGUACGCUCCUCCCGAGUUUGAGGGCGCUGCGAGCCGAUUUGGCGUCGGGUUGACUGCGGUUGUGGCUGUUGUUGCUGCAUUCUUUGUUUUGUAGAUUUACAUUGUGAGACGACUAUGUAUUGGUGAGAUGGAAGAAAGAAUGGAUUUCCUAAGACGUUCAUGUGUUGUAUUCUAUUCCUUGACAAUCCGUGCUUGUAUCUAGAUACCAUGUUAAGACGUUAUAUCAUGCAAGUACGCGCAGACGUUUCUUCUGCUUUCUUCGUGCAUCUUGCUCUGUUCAAGCAUGCUUUGUGACAGCGACUUCAACGAUGCAUCAGAAGUGCAGUGGCAUAGCAAGCGCACUGCUGCAGAGAUGGUAGGUUUGAUGCGCCCGGCAUCGACGAGAGGCUGGGUCAUGCACGCUCCAGGGGUGACAUGUCAGCUACUGAAGAUGGCCUACUCCUUAAC